GUCGAAAUGAGUCGAUUGCUCCGGUGUUUUCCAAUACAGUGUUAGAAGAAUGAAUUACGUUCCUCUGGAUAUGUCGUCCAAGAAACAGUGUAACGCUUUUAGCAAUCGGCGUUACAUGCCGUAUGUUCCUCGAAGCAGUUAUACGCCAUCCGUUUCUCGACAUGAAACUGUUUCGUGCAAGAAACAGCAUGAUGCUUCUGAUAAACCUCGUUACACGCCUCGUAUCAUGAGCAGGAGAUUCGCCCUGACAUCUACCGCGUACAAAUACUUGGAUGUUGGAAUCUGCGUGGUACCUGAUGCAUCCUAUGUGGAAUUCAUUCUCGGCGACAAUCGUGGAAAUAAGAUGGCGUUAAAUCAUUCAACGUGGAUGGAAUUUAACAAGAAACGUGCCGAAAUAGAGCAGCUCUUCAAGUCAACAGACGCAUCAUCAUCAUCAUCGGUACAGAUUGACAAUUUAGUUUUAGAACUUGUUAGAAUGUACAAUAAAAAAGUUGUAAAAUUCACGUUAGAUGACACUUGCAUGUACAUGAACAUGUCAACUGUAUUAUUUUUACUCAAUCUCGAACAUUGUGUAGAGCAUGUAUAUCGCAAACUGUCGAAGGAUAUAGAAGCUGUAAAUGAAAGCUUCGAUGAAUUUGUGUGUUGUUUGCAAAGUAAUAUGACCAGUGCCGAGAGAGAUGAUGCAAUUGGUAUACUGUACGAGGUAUAUGAUAAAACUUCUGUCAUAGAUUGUGAAUUAAUAGUUUAUGCUGUAGAUGAACUUAUUGCUGAAACCUUAAAACGCGGUGAUGAACGAAAAAAAUUAAUAAUUGUAUAAUAAAUCAAAUUUUCAUCCAC